ACCAACGCAACCUCUCAUGAAUCACAAUUUUGCAACAAUAAACAACAAUGAUUGCUGGUGCCAGACUGUGUGGUAUUCCUGAGUAUUUCACGGAAUUGAAUUUCACAAUUCACAGUGUCUAGAGUUUGGUAUGAAAAUGAAAACCAUCAAAUGAGCAGUUCUGCGGAGGAAAACAGCUUGAUUUGAGAAGGUUUAAAGGAGAUUGGCCAGACCAAUGUGCAAUGCACUAGAUCAUCUUUGAACUGACCAUAUGCAUUGAUUAGCAACAUAGUCAAAUCCUUUCUUCUUGCAGGAUUAAUGGCUUUUUUUAUAACAUAACACUGUAUGUUACACCAUGACUCAGAAAUCACUUAUGGACUCAUUCAAAGAGCUGCACAUUAACUGUCAUUAAAGCAACUAGUGUGCCACCUAACCUCAAAAUAAAGGUCAGUAUCACACAGCAAGUUUAGAUGGUGGCUUGUCUCACUUAAUGAGACCCUAAAAGAGGCGUAUAUCAAAUGCAUCGCUACACACUCAGCACAAAAAACAGUCACAUAUUAGUCUGCACACAUUAUUAACGCUUAUUAUCGCUUAAAAUGAGCAAAUUGGAAUGGAUAGGACGUUUGAAAAACAUGGUGAAGAAGAGUCCUUUAUAUUCAAAUUUCAUUAUCGGCUUUGUGAUGCUUGGACUUGAGCAACUUGUGGAGAUAGACUUCGCAUGCCCUUGUAAUCCAAAGCUGAAUCUGCUGUUUUCAGCAGCAUAUUUUGUAGUUCCAGCUCUGUUCUCCUUCGCACUUCUAUUUUAUAUCCAAAGCUCGCAAGUCAGCAAUUAUUCAAGCUGCUUUCACUGUACUUUAGUUUGUCUCACUCCGGCCGUUCUCUGGAUAAUGCUGCUGUUCUUUGAUGGACAAUACUUUGCCUGCGCAAAGACUUCAUGGGAAGGACUGACGGUGCACACAGAUAUAACUGCUUCAACAACAUGGUGUCAGCCUUUGGUUACGGCUGACAACACUACGGAAAAGCAAAUGGCAUUUUUUAGCUAUCGGAAUAAUUCUCAGAUAGUGGGACUGUGCAUACUGCUCCUGAUGUCACUGCCUCUGAUUUGGAUGGGAAUUAGGAAAUGGAAAUAUACACCAGCAGGAACCAAAGAACUUGACAAUGAACAAAUAGAAAUGGUGGAUUUGAGCGCUUCACCCCCUCCUGACAGUGCUUCUACAAUUGUGGAUCACAGUAGAGAUGAUUUUUAACAGCUUUAAAUAAAACAUGUUUUCAUGUUUACAAACCUCAUGUUGAAAAUUCAUAGUCUUCAUAGUAUGCAUUAAACAUAAUGUUACGAAUUAAUGUAAAAAAGUGUUUUUUAUUUAAUUGUAUAUACUGUGACAUCACUGAAAAUGUAUCUUUUUGUAAUAAUAAUAAUUAACUUUGUGUUAAUCACUUUUGAACAAGUAAACCAUAUUUCUAAUUUUCUGAAGAAACUGUGUCAUAUUGCAUUUUUUUCCUUUAGCAACUGUCAUGUAGACGAACAAACCACUUCCUGCCAUUUACAACACGGUCAAAUUUACUUUCUGUUUCCGAAUGACUUAGUCUUACAGUGAAAUGGCAUUCUAAAACUUAAUUUUGACUUCUCAAUCUUAAUGCAAAACAUCUCCAGACCAACACAUGCUACAGUUUCCUCAUGGA